AUGACGAACCUGCUCGAUCUCCCGGCUGAGAUCCUCAACCAGAUUUGCGAGCAGCUCUGCUACCACUGCCGAAACCCGACGCACUUCGUGAAUGCCGAUGAGGAGGAAUCCAUCGAAGACAAGCGCGCCUUGGCAAAGUUGUGUCGCACCAGCCGCGCCUUGCUCAGCCUAGGGCAGCCAGUGCUCUACCACUACUACGCAACUGGAAAUCUGGCUCCGGUUGUGGACAACGGAAUCGAAAGACACAGCAUGCCGCGGCGAAUGCCAGAUGAUGACAAACUUGCAUUAUUCCUGCGCACCAUUAUCGAGCGCCCUCGCCUGAACCGGAUGGUCCGAUCUCUACAACUCGUUCACAAUGAUCAAAGCAUGCCCAUCACCCGCGAACUCUACACCCUCCUCAAAAGCCAUGUGGUGCAGACCGGACAGCUUCCUGGGCCGCUGGAGGACACUUCUAUGUGCAGCUGUGGCAGGAGGGAAGUUUGGAUGCCGGGUGCUCAAACAACGGCGACGACGACGACUAUGAUGGCGACUGCGACGUCUAGUACAGCGAUGGAGGCAUCUACAGAGCUGGAUUGGUUUAGUACUUGCUUCCAUAAUCGGGAUGCCUUGCGUUGCUGGCUUCAAGCGAUCACAAUAGUGAAAACCGCAGAAAGUCUGGAGUCGUUGUUCGUAAUUGUCGACGGCGACAGAUGCCCAUGUGUUGUGUCGGGUUUCAAACUGCCACGGCUCAAGAGGAUGCUUCUGAGAGGCGGGGGCUACGGCGGAGCUCACAUGCCGGAAUGGCUCAAAUUACGAUCGUUUGCUUCUGACGUGGAGGAGCUGUACAUCGACUUUGCCCCGGACUCGGGCAGGAUUCCACUCGCCAACCAGAAUCCAAUGGCUAAUCUGAAGAAGCUCUUUAUAGUUGGGCUCGACCCAGACUCGCUGGAGGUUCUUCUUUCAAACUGCUCGGCACUCGAGGACUUGGAGUACUACUUCCCAAAUCCUGUUUGGGACUGGUAUCCAUCAGAUUACAACGCGGCUUUGAAGCAGGUGAAGGCAACGCUGCGAAGACUUUGCUUUGUCCGAAUCCCAAGUACAGGCAACCAAGAUCUCCGAUGCAUUCUUGAGGACGACGACCAGUGUAGUUUUGCACUUCAGGAGAGACUGGCCUACGAUCCAAUCGCGUCUUUCGAAGACUUCGAAGUCUUGCAAGAUCUAACCCUCGACCAACAGUCAUUGUACCGUCCUUCUCAGCCCUCUAGUAGUAUUCUUUGGUUCCUUCCGCCGAACAUCAAGCACUUUCAGAUUCUAUACACCUUCUUCAACAUGGGAGGUAACCUCGCGUCCCUGGCCCAUAGCGUCAGGCAUGGCUCGUUCCCCUGUCUUCAAACAUUAAGCCUCUCCUUACUGCAUCGGGUGAGCUAUGACAGGACGCAUACCUUUGAGUGGAUUCGCGAAUCUCGCGCUGUUCUUCAAGAGGCGGGAGUCCAAUUCAUUCAUCAAGUACGACGGGACUGGCAUGAAAGCGACGAAAGCCUGAAUGGCAGCGGCAGAGACAUGAGAGGAUGCGAGCCUCUUACUAUCAUCCCAGGAGCAACGGCAGGGUCCAGAUACGUGGCUUGCGGAUGGACCGAAUCAUGGAAGUGGUGCGACCACACGAAGUGGGGUGAGCCAACGGGUUUCGAGGAGUGCUACGAGGGCUACGAGGACCAGCAACAUUUUGAUUGCGAGUUUCACCUUCUCCAGACGGGCGAGUCUUGGUCUGCCUGUCGCUGUUGUGACGACAUUGCGGUGAUGGAUGACUCUGAAUGA